AUGGGAAACGAGCAUAGCAAACGGCAUACAAAGUCUGAAAACGACUCUGUCUCAACUCGUUCAGAGAAAAGAUCACCAAUCACUCAUUAUGAUCCUUAUAUUGACAUAUAUUAUCAAAGAUUAAAAGGAACAAAUGAUAAAAUUUGUUAUAAUAACAUCCAGAAAUUAUUUGAUGAAGAUUUAACCGAAAGUCUUUGGAGAUAUUUCACAAAUAAUAAUUUGGAGAAACGAGAAAUCACUCGAGAUGAAUUUCACAAAAACUUUAAACCAUUAAAUGGCAUGUCGACUGAUAUAUAUGUAAAAAUACUUCAACCAGUCUUCCAUUUCGUAAAAGUGUGCUCAGAUGCAGCAGGAGCUUCAGCAAUUCAAGGAGAUGAAGCAUUUAUCAAAACUCUUGUUGAAAAAAUGACGGGCGGCUCAAAGGACGAAGAAGAAGCUACAGAAUCGAUUUUGAACUGGCGGCGAAGCGACUGUGAGAAAUUCUGCAACGCUGUUCAGAGUCUCGUCAUUUCAAAAGUCACAGGUACACAAUUUCAGAAGCAGGAUUAUUCGUCGGAUAUUCUGACUCCACUCCAAAUGUGGUAUCUUCAAUGCUCACUUCCUAGUAUUUAUUUUCCGGAAAAAGAAAAAGCUGUAUCCAAUCAUUGGUCUCCAUUGUACACUAGCAUGCAACACGGUAUCAGUACCAAUCGCUUUGAAAAUUUCGUGUUUGGUUACAAGGGUCCCACUGUCUCAAUUUUCCGCUUGAAGGAUAAACGAGUAAUUGUUCUUGCGGUGGAUCAAGAAUGGAGGCAUGGCGGAAAUCGGUUCGGCGGCUCGUCAACGUGUUAUUUUGAAAUUCUUCCUAAUAUGAAGCGAAUCGAGGCGUCACAGUCGGUGUAUUGCAAUCUGAAAGUGCGCGCCAGCGCGUUUGGAUUGUCUUUCAAGGAAGAAAUGAAAAUCGACAAGGAUUUCAGCGAAGUGCAUGAUAUUGAGGUUUGGGGAUGCGCUGGAGCUGAUACCCUUGCCGAGCAGCAGAAACUCAAAAACUGGCAAAAACAACAAUCGGAGAAGCACAAAAAGGUUCCUCUGCCAGGAAAUUGGGAUGAUAAUCCGGACAAGACGAUUCUCGAAAUGGCUGGAUUCCAAUUUUCAAACGAGCGAGAAAACAUGGAAAUGGAAGCGCGACGAAAAAACGAACAAGAUAGAAACGAACGAGAAGAGUACAUUGCAAGGCAAAAUUUAGAAAAAUGA